ACGCACGUGCUCGCCCAGCUGCGGUCGAACGGGCCCGGUCGUAAAGCGUGAUUUGCAUGAAUCUGCAUACAGCUGCGAGGGGCGUAGGACGCACUGGGCUGUGAUCGUGUGUCCUGGCUGGCCGCUACGGGUGCGUCCAGUGUCCAGUUGGCGCGUGUAGUCGACGCGUCUCACGAGCUUCCCCAGCCGUGAUCGCGAGCGUCCCGAGCGAAACAGUGUCCUUCGCCGCACAAGCAUGGCACACGCCGCGGUUCGUUUGCUCGUCCUCGCCUUCGUGCUGCUGCCGGCUUUCUUCGCCCUGACUAAGCAAACUGCAGCCAGCUCGCUUAACCAACACAGCUCUAUGGACAAGAGACGUAUUGUUUCCUCAAACACAUCUAUUAAAGGUGAAGGAAGUCUCGUUGGGAAAAAGUACAAAUUCUUCUACCUCGUUCCAAGUAUCGAGCUAUUGAAGUUCACGCCUGCCACUGGAUAUAAUGCAACCCAUCUGCAGCCCAUCGUUACUGGCCCGGGCAGUCAUCGGAACGCCUCCCAAGCCAAAGUGCUGCUGCUCGCACCGUCCUUUGUAGCGCUUGGGGCCAGCGGUUCCCAGGCCCCCAACCGGCUUACCGAUACGGACCAGCACCGCCUGUCGGUGGAGCUGCACAAGCUGCGUCAUUUUGCCACCAUCGCCGGUGUACAGCCGAGCAGCACUGGUAGUAAGCAGCGCUCCAUUCCACGUACCUUACUGGAUAGCGACGAGCCGGCACGGGAACACACCGCAUCUAGGUACCGUGCGUUAUCGCCGGACGCCGGACUUCACACAGGCUCUAACCGGUACUACAUCUAUACCGAUCCUAUACGUCCUCGAGGACUCGAGGCAGAAGCGGAUACGGCUGACGGUGCCCAACGGCAAAGGGCUGACGGAGCAACACGGAACGAAAGGGAGCGUCCGGUGGCAUCGCAUGUAUAUCACCGACAGGCACGAUCAUUCAACAGUACUGAGGAGGAGCCCGGGGAGCAGGAGAAGAGCGAUCGCUUCAAACGUCGCAGUGCCGUGGACGAUAUGUUAAGCAAGAACAUUACGAUCAUACUGGAGAAUCUGCUGAAGCGGUAUGAAAACUCGCAAAUUCCAACGCAUGGACAAGGUGUACCUACCUUAGUGCAAACCAACAUACUUAUACGAAGCAUGGGACCAGUGUCCGAACUCGAUAUGGAUUACUCGAUGGAUUGCUACUUUCGACAGUACUGGCGCGAUAAGCGGCUCAGCUUUCGCGGUCCGAUCAAGAGCCUGUCGCUCAGUAUCAAGAUGCUGGAGCGCAUCUGGCGCCCGGACACGUACUUCUACAACGGCAAGCAUUCGCACGUGCACACGAUCACCGUGCCGAACAAGCUGCUGCGCCUGAGCCAGGAUGGUGAGAUACUGUACUCGAUGCGGCUCACGAUCAAGGCAUCCUGUCUGAUGGAGCUGCGCAGUUUUCCGAUGGACCGGCAGUCCUGUCCGCUGGUGCUGGGCAGCUAUGCCUACUCCCGCCAGCAGCUGGUGUACCAGUGGAAGGAUGAGGACUCGGUCAACUUCGUGCCGGGCAUGACGCUCAGCCAGUUCGAUCUGAUGAGCUUCGGGCAGAAGAACUACACGUUCAUUAGGCGCGAGGGCGAAUUCUCCGUCCUGCACGUGUCGUUCAAUCUGCAGCGCCACACCGGCUACUUCCUGAUACAGGUGUACGUGCCGUGCAUUCUGAUCGUGGUGCUGUCGUGGGUGUCGUUCUGGAUUCACCGAGAGGCGACGAGCGAUCGGGUCGGGCUGGGCAUCACGACCGUGCUGACGCUGUCCACCAUUAGUUUGGACUCGCGCACCGAUCUGCCGAAGGUGCGGUACGCCACCGCUCUCGACUGGUUUCUGCUGAUGAGCUUCUUCUACUGUAUCGCAACACUGCUCGAGUUUGCCGGCGUGCACUAUUUCACAAAGGUCGGCAGUGGUGAGAUACCGCUGGACGAGGAGGAAUGGGAAGACAUGGAGGGUGUGGAGGAGAUACGCGACCUGCCGACGCUGCAGCAGCAUCUCAGCACGGCCGCCGCGAUCGAGUCACCGCGGCUGCUCGCUGCCCGGCGCCGCAGCUCCCUGAUCUGUCCCAUUUACAACGACCCGACGCACAUGUUCAAGCCGACCUCGUCCCACCUGUCCACGAUGGAGCGCACCACGCAGACGGAACCGCCGAAGGAGCCGACCUGGAAGCAGGUCUGGCUGUGCUUCCUCGGGGAUGACCAGUUCCGACGUCGUCGCCAGCGGGAAGCUUCAGCCCGAGGUGGCGGUAAUCGACACAUCAACAGCGUAUCGCUCAUCGAUCAGGCGGCUCGCGUUCUGUUCCCGGCGUCGUUCACGUUUUUCAACAUUCUCUACUGGCUCGUCUACUACACGUACCAGGCCGACUUCACCUGGACGCCGUUGAAGGAGGUUUAAAGCUCGCCCCGCCCGUCAUUCGCCGACAUUUCGCGGUGAAGCAAGAGCUUGC